GCGCUCUCACACACACACACACACACACAUUCGGAACCGUGGCCUGCGUGUGAGAGAGACAGAGCAGAGGAGAGAGUUGGAAGAGGAAGACGGACACAGACGAAGAGAAGGACACAAGGAGAGUUAAAAAGACGGAGAGAAGGACACAAGGAGAGUUAAAAAGACGGAGAGAAGGACACAAGGAGAGUUAAAAAGACGAAGCGAGAGAAAGAAGAGAAGAAGAGGAAAGAGGAGUAGUGGUCUCCGUGACGACUGAGGCUCGGCAGGAUGGCAGAAGCUGCAGAUGGAGACGAGGAGAUACAGUUUGUGAGGACGGAUGAUACGGUGGUGUUGCAGUGCACUGCGUCCAUCUUGAAGGAGCAGAUCAAACUGUGUCUGUCAUGCGAGGGUUUCGGCAACCGACUCUGCUUCCUAGAGACCACAUCUAAUGCCCAGAAUGUUCCUCCGGACCUGGCGAUAUGCUGCUUCAUCCUGGAGCAGUCGCUGUCAGUCCGCGCCCUCCAGGAGAUGCUGGCCCACACGUCCGACACCGAGGCAGUGGAUUUGGAUAAAUGGUCGAGCCAGGGGGGAGGUCACCGUACACUGCUGUACGGACAUGCCAUUCUCCUCCGACACACACACUCUGGAAUGUACCUGAGCUGUCUGACCACCUCUCGCUCUCUGACUGAUAAGCUGGCCUUUGAUGUGGGCCUGCAGGAGGACUCCACAGGUGAGGCGUGCUGGUGGACCAUCCACCCUGCGUCCAAGCAGAGGUCAGAUGGUGAGAAGGUGCGUGUGGGUGAUGAGCUCAUCCUGGUCAGUGUGUCAUCUGAGAGAUACCUGCACUUGUCCUAUGCCAGUGGUGAUCUCAUGGUGGAUGCCUCCUUCAUGCAAACACUCUGGAACAUGAACCCAGUGUGCUCUGGCUGUGAGGUGGCCGAAGGCUACCUGACGGGAGGGUAUGUUAUCCGCUUGUUCCACGGUCACAUGGACGAGUGUUUGGCCAUCGCUGCAGCGGAGCAGGGAGAUGACCAGCGCAGGAAUGCACACUAUGAGGGGGGGACUGUCUGUAGUCAUGCCCGGUCGCUAUGGAGACUGGAACCUUUGCGCAUUGGCUGGAGCGGGAGCCAUAUCAAGUGGGGUCACUCGUUCCGCGUGCGGCACAUCACCACUGGGCGCUACCUCUGCCUGGAGGAGGAGAAGGGGCUACUGCUAGUGGACCCCGAGAAGGCCAACACCAAGGGCUCAGCCUUCUGCUUCCGCGCAUCAAAGGAGAAGUCGGAGGCGGCCCCUAAGCGUGAGGUGGAGGGGAUGGGUCUCCCAGAGAUAAAGUACGGAGAGUCCAUGUGCUUUGUCCAGCACAUCGCCACUGGACUCUGGCUCACCUACGCCUCCGUCGAUGCCAAAUCAGCCCGACUCGGACCCCUCAAGAGGAAGGCGAUUCUCCAUGUUGAGGGCCAUAUGGAUGAUGCUCUGACAGUGGCUCGCUCUCAGACUGAGGAGUUUCAGGCGGCCAGAAUGAUCUACAGCACUACAGGGCUCUUUAUGCAGUUCAUCAAGGGCCUGGACUCUCUGAGCGGUAAGAACAAGUCUGGGUCCCCGUCGGCGCUGCCGCUGGACUCUGUGGUGCUGCUCCUGCAGGACCUCAUCUUCUACUUCCGCCCCCCCCACGAGGAGCUGGAGCACGAGGAGAAGCAGACCAAGCUCCGCUCCCUCAAGAACCGGCAGAACCUCUUCCAGGAGGAGGGCAUGAUAACGUUGGUGCUGGAGUGUAUUGAUCGUCUGAACGUGUACAACACGGCGGCUCACUUCUCUGAGUUUGCUGGAGAGGAGGCUGCAGAGUCCUGGAAGGAGAUUGUUAAUCUGCUCUAUGAACUACUGGCCUCUCUUAUCCGAGGGAACAGGGCCAACUGUGCUCUCUUCUGUGACAAUCUGGACUGGCUGGUCAGCAAGCUGGACCGACUGGAAGCCUCCUCAGGUAUUCUCGAGGUGCUGUACUGUGUUCUGAUCGAGAGCCCUGAGGUUCUGAACAUCAUUCAGGAGAAUCACAUCAAAUCCAUCAUCUCCCUGCUGGACAAGCAUGGACGCAACCACAAGGUGCUUGACGUGCUGUGUUCCUUGUGUGUGUGUAACGGCGUAGCCGUGAGGUCCAAUCAGAACCUCAUCACAGAGAACCUGCUGCCUGGACGAGACCUUCUCCUGCAGACCAACAUCAUCAACUAUGUCACCAGCAUGCGUCCCAACAUCUUCCUGGGCACAUGUGAGGGCUCCACCCAGUAUAAGAAGUGGUACUACGAGCUGAUGGUGGACCAGGUGGAGCCCUUCGUCACGGCGCAGCCGUUCCACCUGCGCGUCGGCUGGGCGCUGACCGAGGGGUACAGCCCCUACCCCGGGGGAGGAGAGGGCUGGGGCAGCAACGGCGUGGGAGACGACCUCUACUCCUACGGCUUCGACGGCCUAAACCUGUGGUCAGGGCGUGUCCCACGGGUGGUGGCCUCGCCCAGUCAGCACAUCCUGUCGGCGGAGGACGUGGUGAGCUGCUGCCUGGAUCUGAGCGUGCCCAGUAUCUCAUUCCGCAUCAACGGGCACCCAGUGCAAGGCAUGUUCGAGAACUUCAACGUGGAUGGACUCUUCUUCCCCGUGGUCAGCUUCUCCGCUGGAGUCAGGGUGCGCUUCCUCCUGGGUGGUCGCCAUGGAGAUUUCAAGUUCCAGCCGCCUCCGGGGUACGCCCCGUGUUACGAGGCGGUCCUGCCCAAAGACCGUCUUCGCAUCGAGCCCAUCAAGGAGUACAAGCACGACGUCCAGGGGGUCCGGAACCUUCUGGGGCCCACACAGGCGCUCUCACACACCGCCUUCACACCAUGCCCCGUGGACACCGUACAGAUUGUGUUGCCCCCUCACCUGGAGCGUAUCCGGGAGAAGCUGGCGGAGAACAGCCACGAGCUGUGGGCAGUGACCCGCAUCGAGCAGGGCUGGACCUACGCGCCGUUCCGGGACGAUAAUAAGAAGCUGCACCCGUGCCUGGUGGACUUUGGCAGUCUGCCUGAGCCUGAGAAGAACUAUAACCUGGCCAUGUCUGGGGAAACCCUCAAGACUCUGCUGGCCUUGGGUUGCCAUGUGGGUAUGGGGGAUGAGAAAGCCGAGGAGAACCUGAAGAAGAUCAAACUGCCCAAAACGUACAUGCAGAGCAGUGGCUACAAGCCCGCCCCUCUGGACCUGAACCACGUGAAGCUGACGCCCAAUCAGAACACUCUGGUGGAGAGACUGGCAGAGAAUGGACACAAUGUCUGGGCACGAGAUCGCGUGCGCCAAGGGUGGACGUACAGUAUCGUACAGGACAUAGUGAACAAGCGCAAUCCCCGCCUCGUGCCCUAUAACCUGCUGGACGAGAAAACCAAGAAGACCAAUCGGGAGACAGUAUGCGCCGCCGUGCGCACUCUGAUUGGCUACGGCUACAACAUUGAACCACCUGAUCAGGAGAGCACUGGUCCCGGUGCGGGGGGCUCACGCAGUGAUAAGUUACGGGUGUUCCGAGCGGAGAAGUCGUACGCGGUCACUCAGGGGAAGUGGUACUUCGAGUUCGAGGCGGUGACCGUGGGAGAGAUGAGGGUGGGCUGGGCACGUCCGAACGUGCGCGCGGACGUGGAGCUCGGAGGGGACGACCUCGCCUACGUCUUCAAUGGCUUCAAGGCUCAGCGCUGGCAUGUGGGGAACGAGCCGUUUGGGCGCAUCUGGUUGCCAGGCGACGUGGUUGGCUGCAUGAUCGAUCUGGUGGAGCAGAACAUCAUGUUCACUCUCAACGGGGAGAUGCUGAUCAGUGACUCUGGCUCUGAGAUGGCCUUCAAGGACAUCGAGAUCGGAGAAGGCUUCAUCCCGGUGUGCAGUCUGGGCCUGUCCCAAGUGGGCCGUCUGAACCUGGGUCAGAACGUGAGCUCGCUGCGCUACUUCACCAUCUGCGGCCUGCAGGAGGGUUUCGAGCCGUUCGCCAUCAACAUGAAGAGGGACAUCACCAUGUGGUUCAGCAAGAGCCUGCCGCAGUUCGUCCCCGUGCCAACUGACCACCCACACGUGGAGGUGUCUCGAGUGGACGGCACAGUGGACAGCGCCCCCUGUCUGAAGAUGACGCACAAGACGUUCGGCUCUCAGAACGCCAACACGGACCUGCUGUUCCUGCGCCUGAGCAUGCCCAUCGAGUUCCACGAGACGUUCAAGGUGCCCGCGGGCGCCACGCCGGUCACGCGUGCCCCGACCAUCCCCGAGGACGAGGCGCUGGACAUCGAGCCCGACUCCGAGUUCGAGCAGCUCAAGAAGUCGGCCGGUCCCAAGGAGCAGGACGAGAAGGAGAAGGAGGCGUCCGUGCCCAAAGAGCUGCCCGGCAACGGCAAGGAGAAUGAGAAGGACACCACCACGGAGAAGAGCAAGAAGAAAGGGUUCCUGUUCAAGGCUAAGAAGGCUGCAUUCGUAACUCCUCCUCCGGUCAUCACUGUGCCUCGUCUGGUGGAGGAUGUGGUCCCUGAUGACCGCGAUGACGUCGAUGUCAUCCUCAACACCACAACAUAUUACUACUCGGUGCGGGUGUUUGCGGGUCAGGAGCCCACUGGUGUGUGGGUGGGCUGGGUCACUCCUGAUUACCACCAGUACGACCUCCACUUCGACCUCAGCAAGGUGCGCAACGUCACCGUCACCGUGGGAGAUGACAAGGGCAACAUUCACGACAGUAUGAAGCGCAGUAACUGCUACAUGGUGUGGGGUGGUGAGUUUGGGAGCUCGCAGCAGACUCGCAUCAGCCAGGAAGACUUCAUCAUCGGCUGCCUGGUGGACCUGGACACGGGCCUCAUGACCUUCACAGUCAACGGGAAGGAAGUGAACGCCUUCUACCAGGUGGAGCCGAACACUAAGCUCUUCCCUGCUGUAUUCUGCCUGCCUUCUAGUCAGAACAUGCUGCAGAUAGAACUGGGCAAACUCAAGAACAUCAUGCCCCUGUCUGCGGCCAUGUUCCGCAGCGACCGCAAGAACCCGGUUCCUCAGUGCCCUCCGCGGCUGGACCUGCAGAUGCUGACCCCGGUGAUCUGGAGCCGCAUGCCCAACCACUUCCUGCGGCCAGACACCGGGCGGGUCAGCGAGAGGCUGGGAUGGAAGGUGGAGUGCCAGGCACCGCUGAUCAUGAUGGCUCUACAUAUACCAGAGGAGAACAGGUGUAUCGACAUCCUGGAGCUGUCGGAGCGUCUGGACCUGCUGAAGUUCCACUACCACACGCUGAAGCUGUACGGCUCGGUGUGCGCGCUAGGCAACAACCGCGUGGCCCACGCGCUCUGCAGCCACGUGGACGAGUCGCAGCUGAUCUACGCCAUCGAGAACACCUACCUGCCCGGCCCCAUCCGCAGCGGCUACUACGACCUGCUCAUCAGCAUGCACCUGGAGUCGGCCCGCCGCAACCGCCUCAUGACCAACCGCGAGUUCAUCGUGCCCAUGACGGACGCCACGCGCAGCAUACGGCUCUACUCGGACGCCGAGAAGGCCCACGCGCUGCCCGGGGUCGGACUGACCACCUGCCUCAGGCCCAAGCUGCACUUCGCGCCCACAGGUUUCGUGGGGACCAACGCAGACCUGUACACGCUUAGUCCUGUUAUACCGCUGCAGAUCCUGAAGGAUAAGGCGUUGACCAUGCUGACGGAGGCGGUGCAGGACGGCGUGCAGGCCAUGCGUGACCCAGUAGGGGGCAGCGUAGAGUUCCACUUCGUGCCCAUCCUCAAGCUCAUCAGCACGCUGCUCAUCAUGGGGGUGUUCGAGGACGAGGACGUCAAGCACAUCCUCAAGAUGAUCGAGCCCAACGUCUUCGGUGAGGAGGCGGAGUCUCACACCGAGGAGGCGGGGCCAGAAGGGGCUGCCCUCAAGGAGGCGGGUCCUGAGCAGAAGGAGCAAGAGGAGGCGCUGGACGAAGGGGUGGGAGAGGAAGAGGAGGAGUUGGAGGAGGAGGAAGAGGAGGAGUUAGAUGUGGAGGAGGAGCCUGCGGAGGAGGAGGGAGAUGAGGGGCUGGAGGAGAAGACGGACUUGGAAAAAGGGGCGGGGUCUGGGAAAGAGGCGGGGUCAGCGGAGGCGGAGACUAAAGAGGAGGACGGAGUGCAUGAAGGUCUGCUGCACAUGAAGCUCCCAGAGUCUGUCAAACUACAGAUGUGCACCCUGCUGCAGUACUUCUGUGACUGUGAGCUGAGGCAUCGCGUGGAGUGCAUCAUUGCCUUCUCUGACCAGUUUGUGAGUCAGGUGCAGGGCAAUCAGAGAAUGCGCUACAACGAGCUCAUGCAGGCCUUCACCAUGAGCGCCGCCGAGACCGCCAGGAAGACCCGCGAGUUCCGCUCACCUCCGCAAGAACAGGUUAACAUGCUGAUGAACUUCAAGAACUGUCCAGAGGAGGAGGACUGUCCGGUUCCGGAGGAGGUCCGCCAUGACCUGAUGAAUUUCCACAACGACCUGCUGGCUCACUGCGGAGUGCACAUAGAGGAGGAGGAGGUGGAGGAGGAGGUGGAUAACUCCCUGAGGGGGAGGCUGGUGCGCAUGCUGGAGAAGGUCAAGAGUCUCCGCAAAAAGAAGGAGGAGAUGGAACCGGAGCUCGAGGAGGAGGCCAAACCCCAGACCCUUCAGGCGCUCAUCUCCCACACCAUGAUCCACUGGGCCCAGGAGUCGUUCAUCCAGAACCCAGAGCUGGUGCGCCUCAUGUUCAGCCUGCUGCACCGGCAGUAUGAUGCCCUGGGCGAGCUGAUCCGGGCCGUGCCCAAGGCCUACACCAUCAACGUGGUGUCUGUGCAGGACACCAUGGACCUUCUGGAGUGCCUCAGCCAGAUCCGCUCGCUGCUCAUCGUCCAGAUGGGCCCGGAGGAGGAGCGGCUUAUGAUCCAGAGCAUUGGGAACAUCAUGAGCAAUAAGGUGUUCUAUCAGCACCCCAACCUGAUGAGAGCGCUGGGCAUGCACGAGACCGUCAUGGAGGUCAUGGUCAACGUGCUAGGAGGAGGGGACUCCAAGGAGAUCCGUUUUCCUCGCAUGGUGACGAACUGCUGUCGCUUCCUGUGCUACUUCUGUCGGAUCAGCCGUCAGAACCAGCGCUCCAUGUUCGACCACCUCAGCUACCUGCUGCAGAACAGCGGCAUCGGCCUGGGUGUGCGUGGGUCUACUCCUCUAGACGUGGCGGCCUCCUCCUGCAUCGACAACAACGAGCUGGCAUUGGCCCUGCAGGAGCAGGACCUGGAGAUGGUGGUGAAGUACCUGGCUGGCUGUGGGCUGCAGAGCUGUCCCAUGCUGCUGGCCAAAGGCUACCCAGACAUCGGCUGGAACCCCUGUGGAGGAGAGAAGUACCUGGACUUCCUGCGCUUCGCUGUGUUUGUCAACGGGGAGAGUGUGGAGGAGAACGCUAAUGUUGUUGUGCGUCUGCUGAUUCGUCGGCCCGAGUGCUUUGGCCCCGCCCUGAGAGGGGAGGGGGGUAACGGUCUUCUGGCCGCCAUCGAAGAGGCCAUCAAGAUCUCCGAGGACCCUGCCCGAGAUGGACCCUCUGUCAAGAAAGACAGACGCUUCCAAAUUCAUGGCGGCGGUGAGGAGCAGCAUGAGGAGAACCGUGUCCACCUGGGCAACGCCGUCAUGUCCUUCUACUCAGCGCUCAUCGACCUGCUGGGACGCUGCGCCCCGGAGAUGCACUUGAUCCAGGCGGGCAAGGGAGAGGCUCUACGUAUCCGCGCCAUCCUCCGCUCUCUGGUGCCCCUAGAGGACCUGGUAGGCGUCAUCAGUCUGUCCGUACAGAUACCCGCCUUUGGCAAGGACAACUGCAUCAUCGAGCCCAAGAUGUCGGCCAGUUUUGUCCCUGACCACAAGGCGCCCAUGGUGCUGUUCCUGGACCGUGUCUACGGCAUCGACAACCAGGACUUCCUGCUGCACGUGCUCGAGAUCGGCUUCCUGCCGGACAUGAGGGCCGCCGCUUCACUCGACACGGCGGCGUUCAGCACCACUGAGAUGGCUCUGGCCCUGAACCGGUACCUGUGCUCGGCCGUGCUGCCCCUCAUCACCAAGUGUGCGCCGCUGUUCGCCGGCACCCCGGGCCACCGCGCCAUCAUGAUCGACUCCAUGCUGCACACCAUCUACCGCCUCUCUAGGGGACGCUCUCUCACCAAGGCCCAGCGGGACGUCAUCGAGGAGUGCCUCAUGUCCCUCUGCAAGUACCUCCGUCCAUCCAUGCUGCAGCACCUGUUGAGACGGCUGGUGUUCGACGUGCCCAUUCUGAAUGAGUAUGCCAAGAUGCCCCUCAAGCUGCUGACCAAUCACUACGAGCGUUGCUGGAAGUACUACUGUUUGCCCAACGGCUGGGCCAACUUUGGGCUGGCAUCAGAGGAGGAGUUGCACCUCACCCGCAAACUCUUCUGGGGCAUCUUUGAGUCGCUCGCACAUAAGAAAUUUGACUCGGAGCUGUUCAAGAUCGCCAUGCCAUGCAUCUGUGCCAUCGCGGGUGCCAUCCCCCCGGACUAUGUAGAUGCUAGCUACUCCUCCAAGACAGAGAAGAAGGCGUCCGUCGACGCAGAGGGCAACUUUGACCCCAAACCCGUGGAGACCACCAACACCAUCAUCCCUGAGCGGCUGGAUGUGUUCAUCAAUCGCUACGCAGAGUACACGCACGACAGAUGGGCCUUUGAGAAGAUUCAGAAUAAUUGGACCUAUGGAGAAAUUCUAGAUGAAAAUACCAAGACCCACCCAAUGCUCAGACCCUACAAGACCUUCUCAGAGAAGGAUAAGGAGAUUUACCGGUGGCCCAUAAAGGAGUCGGUGAAGGCCAUGCUGGCCUGGGAGUGGACUCUGGAUAAGGCCCGAGACGGAGAGGAGGACAAGACAGAGAAGAAGAAAAAGAUCUCGCAGACGGCACAGGCAACCUAUGACCCCAGCCAUGGCUACAGCCCACAGCCAAUCGACGUCACUGGCAUGGCCCUGUCCAGAGAACUACUGUCCAUGGCAGAGCAGCUGGCAGAGAACUACCACAACACCUGGGGACGCAAGAAGAAGAUGGAGCUACAAUCCAAGGGCGGAGGCACUCACCCCCUGCUGGUGCCAUACGACACACUGACGGCGAAGGAGAAGGCGCGUGAUCGAGAGAAGGCCCACGAGCUGCUCAAGUUCCUGCAGCUCAACGGAUACGCCGUCACCAGAGGCAUGAAGGAUAUGGAGCUGGACACCUCCUCCAUAGAGAAGCGCUUUGCUUACGGUUACCUACAGCAGCUUCUGAAGUGGAUGGACAUCGCACAGGAGUUCAUUGCACAUCUCGAGGCUGUGGUCAGCAGUGGGCGAGUGGAGAAGUCUCCCCAUGAGCAGGAGAUCAAGUUCUUCGCCAAGAUCCUGCUGCCCCUGAUUAACCAGUACUUUAAGAACCACUGCCUCUACUUUCUGUCCACUCCAGCCAAAGUGCUGGGCAGUGGUGGACAUUCCUCCAACAAGGAAAAAGAGAUGAUCGCCAGUAUCUUCUGUAAAAUGUCUGCACUGGUGAGGCACCGAGUGUUCCUCUUUGGAACGGAUGCCCCAGCCAUCGUUAACUGCCUCCACAUCCUGGCCCGUUCACUGGACGCAAGGACAGUGAUGAAGUCCGGCCCUGAGAUCGUGAAGGCCGGCCUGCGCUCCUUUUUUGAGAGUGCUGCUGACGACAUCGAGAAGAUGGUGGAGAACCUCAAGCUAGGAAAGGUCUCCAAGGGCAACCAGCCAGUGAAGGGCGUGUCUCAGAACAUCAACUACACCACGGUGGCCCUCCUGCCGGUCCUCACCUCUCUGUUUGACCACAUCGCCCAGUCCCAGUUUGGAGAUGAUGUCAUACUGGAUGAUCUGCAGAUGUCCUGCUAUCGCCUCAUGUGCAGUAUGUACUGCUGUGGCACAAUCAAGACUCCCCAUGUUGAGAGGCUUCGGCCAGCUCUGGGGGAGUGUUUAGGUCACCUGGCGUCAGCCAUGCCCGUGGCGUACUUGGAGCCACACCUGAACGAGUACAACGCCUUCUCCGUGUACACCACCAAGACCCCCCGCGAGAGAUCCAUUUUGGGUCUGCCCAGUGAGGUGCAGGAGCUGUGUCCAGACAUCCCGGAGCUGGACAUCCUCCUGAAAGAGAUCGGCGAGCUGGCGGAGUCCGGUGCCCGCUACACAGAGAUGCCCCACGUCAUCGAGAUCACGCUGCCCAUGCUCUGCAACUACCUGCCCCGCUGGUGGGAGCGUGGGCCAGAGAACUUUCCGGAACAGGAGGGUCAGCUGUGCACCGAGGUCACCUCUGACCAACUCAACCAGCUGCUGGGCAGCAUCAUGAAGAUCGUGGUCAACAACCUGGGCAUCGACGAGGCCUCCUGGAUGAAGAGACUUGCAGUGUUCUCCCAGCCCAUCGUGAGCCGGGCGAAGCCCGAGAUGCUGAAGUCGCACUUCAUCCCCACCAUGGAGAAGCUGAAGAAGCGCACGGCCAAGGUGGUGGCGGAGGAGGACAAGUUACGGCUGGAGGGCAAGUCUGAGGGCGACGAGGAGGAAGGCACCAUCCGUGACGAGUUCGCCGUGCUCUGCAGGGACCUGUACGCCCUCUACCCGCUGCUCAUCCGCUACGUGGACAACAACAGAGCUCGCUGGCUGACAUGUCCUGAUCCAGAUGCAGAGGAGUUGUUCCGUAUGGUUGGGGAGGUCUUCAUAUACUGGUCCAAGUCCCACAAUUUCAAGCGAGAGGAACAGAACUUUGUGGUCAUGAAUGAGAUCAACAACAUGUCCUUCCUGACCGCAGACAGCAAGAGUAAAAUGAGCAAGGCUGGGGACACAGAGGCUGGGGGUUCAGAUGUGGAGCGUACCAAGAAGAAGCGCAGGGGGGACCGCUACUCUGUGCAGACGUCUCUAAUUGUGGCCUCGCUCAAGAAGAUGCUCCCCAUCGGCCUCAACAUGUGCUCCCCCGCUGACCAGGAGCUUAUCAACAUCGCCAAGAUACGCUACUCACUGAGAGACACAGACGAGGAGGUGAGGGAGUUCCUACAGGCCAACCUACAUCUUCAGGGCAAGGUGGACAACCCGUCCAUGCGGUGGCAGAUGACGUUGUACAGAGAGAUGGCCGGGAAGGUUGAGGACGCAGACGCUCCAGACAAAGUAGUCAAGAGAGUACAGGAAGUGUCUGCUGUGAUCUAUCACAUCGAGGUGACUGAGCACCCCUUCAAGUCGAAGAAGAUGGUGUGGCACAAGCUGCUGUCCAAGCAGAGACGCAGAGCAGUGGUGGCCUGCUUUAGGAUGACCCCACUGUACAACCUACCAAGGCACAGGGCUUCUAACAUGUUCCUGGACGGCUACAAGCGUAACUGGCUCCAUACAGAAGGCUACUCGUUUGAGGACAGGAUGAUUGAUGACCUAUCUAAAGCUCUGGAGGAAGAGGAGGAUGAGGAGGAGGAGCGGGAGACGAAGCCGGACCCUCUGCACCAGCUCAUCCUGCACUUCAGCCGCACAGCUCUCACUGAGAAGAGCAAACUGGACAUAGACCACCUCUAUAUGGCGUACGCAGAUAUCAUGGCAAAGAGCUGCCACAUAGGUGAGGAUGAUGAGGGUGAGGAGGAGGCGGCGGUGGAAGAUGAGAUGUCGUUUGAGGUGCGACAGACAGAGCUGGAAAAAGAGAUGGAGAAACAGAGGCUGUUGUAUCAGCAGUCUCGACUCCACAACCGUGGAGCUGCGGAAAUGGUGCUGCAGAUGAUCAGUGCCUGCAAAGGAGAGACAGGCUGUAUGGUGUCCACCACUCUGAAACUGGGCAUCUCUAUAUUGAAUGGGGGCAACGUUGAAGUCCAACAGAAAAUGCUGGAGUACCUGAAGGAUAAGAAGGACGUGGGUUUCUUUGUCAGUAUGCAGACGCUCAUGGCCACCUGCAGUGUCUUAGAUCUGAAUGCUUUUGAGAGGCAGAACAAAGCUGAGGGUCUUGGAAUGGUUUCAGAAGAAGGCACAAACAUGAAGCAAAGCCGUGGUGAGAAGGUGAUGGCGGAUGAUGAGUUCACCUGUGACCUAUUCCGCUUUCUACAGCUAUUGUGUGAAGGGCACAAUAAUGACUUCCAGAACUACCUGAGAACUCAGACAGGAAGCACCACGACCAUCAACGUUAUCAUUUGCACUGUAGACUACUUGCUGAGACUGCAGGAGUCCAUCAGUGAUUUCUACUGGUACUACUCGGGGAAAGAGAUCAUUGAUGAGCCGGGGAAGAAGAACUUCUCCAAGGCCAUGACGGUGGCCAAGCAGAUCUUCAACAGCCUCACAGAGUACAUCCAGGGUCCCUGCACUGGUAACCAGCAGUCCCUGGCUCAUAGUCGUCUGUGGGACGCCAUCGUUGGAUUCCUGCACGUCUUUGCACACAUGAUGAUGAAGCUGGCGCAGGGUAAAGACUCCAGUCAGAUUGGUCUUCUAAAGGAGCUGCUAGAUCUUCAGAAAGACAUGGUGGUGAUGCUUCUCUCUCUGCUGGAGGGGAACGUUGUGAACGGCACCAUUGCGCGUCAGAUGGUGGACAUGUUAGUGGAGUCGUCCAGCAAUGUGGAGAUGAUCCUCAAGUUCUUCGAUAUGUUCCUCAAGCUGAAGGACAUCGUGGCGUCGGACGCGUUCCGCGACUAUGUGACGGACCCGCGGGGGCUUAUCUCCAAGAAGGACUUCCAGAAGGCCAUGGACAGCCAGAAGCAGUACACGCCCUCCGAGAUCCAGUUCCUCCUCUCCUGCUCCGAGGCCGACGAGAACGACAUGAUCAACUUCGAGGAGUUCGCCAACCGCUUCCAAGAGCCGGCCAAGGACAUCGGCUUCAACAUCGCCGUGCUGCUGACCAACCUGUCGGAGCAUGUGCCACACGACGCCCGGCUGAAGAACUUCCUGGAGCAGGCGGAGAGCGUGAUCAACUACUUCCGCCCGUUCCUGGGCCGCAUCGAGAUCAUGGGCGCCAGCCGCAAGAUCGAGCGCAUCUACUUCGAGAUCAGCGAGGUCAACCGCAACCAGUGGGAGAUGCCGCAGGUCAAGGAGUCCAAGCGGCAGUUCAUCUUCGACGUGGUCAACGAGGGGGGCGAGAGCGAGAAGAUGGAGCUCUUCGUCAACUUCUGCGAGGACACCAUCUUCGAGAUGAACAUCGCCUCGCAGAUCUCGGAGCAGGACGAGGGCGGGGCCGAGGAGGAGGACGACGAGCCGGAGGGCGGAGCCGAGGGAGGGGCCGAGGAGGGAGGCGGGGAGGACGGCCAAUCGGAAUCCAGCUCGGCCUUCGCCGACUUCCUCAACAGCGUCUUCAACUUCCUGGGCAUGUUCACGUUCCGCAACCUGCGGCGGCAGUACCGGCGCCUGCGCAAGAUGACGCUGAAGGAGAUGGUGGUGGGCUUGGCCACGUUCGUGUGGAUGGUCGUCACGGGCGUGCUGCUCUUCGUCUUCGGCGUGUGCAAGGGCUUCCUGCUGCUGCUGUGGCAGACGCUGUUCGGCGGCGGUCUGGUGGAAGGCGCCAAAAACAUCACGGUGACGGAGAUCCUGGCCAGCAUGCCGGACCCCACGCAGGACGAGGUGCACGGCGACGUGCCGGGCGAGGCCAGCCGCGGCGAGGAGGCCGAGGCGGGGGGUAUCAGCGACUCCAUGGACCAGGGCGCCGGAGAGGAGGAGGAGGAGGACAGCCAGGACCAGGACGGGGGCCGCAUCCCGGGCAUAGACACCCCCGGGGGGCUCGGAGACAUGGGCGACACUGAGCCCGUGGAGCCCCCCACGCCAGAGGGCUCGCCCAUCACCAAGAGGAAGGCGGGAUCAGGAGAGGAGGCGGGACCUGAGCAGCAGCCCCCUGCCGUAGAGGAGCCGCCCCCUGAGCCAGAGAAAGCUGACACUGAGAAUGGGGAGAAGGCUCAGAAGGAGGCGGACGCUAAGGCCCAGGAGGAGAAGAAGGAGGAGGAGCCAAAGGUGGAGAAGGCGGCCAAGGCCAAGAAGGAGGCACCGGCAAGCAAGCACAGAGGCUUCGACCUCUGGACCGAGCUGGACGUGCAGAGGAGCAAAUUUAUGAAUUACCUCUCCCGGAACUUCUACAACCUGCGCUUCCUGGCUCUCUUCAUCUCCUUCGCUCUCAACUUCAUUCUGCUCUUCUACAAGGUGUCAGACACGCCUCCAUAUGAAGACGACGAUGUGGAGGGCUCCGGCGUGUUCGAGGGUUCGGGGCUGUUUGAGGGGUCCGGCAUGUUUGAGGGGUCAGGCCUGUUUGAAGGGUCAGGCCUGUUCGAGGGCUCUGGUGAGGAGAUGGAGGGCUCUGGUCUUGGAGGGGACGAGGAGGACGAGGAGGAGGGACCAGUCUACUUCUUCCUGGAGGAGAGCACGGGCUACAUGCAGCCCAGCAUGACCUUCCUGGCCACCGUACACACCAUCAUCUCCUUCCUGUGCAUCAUCGGAUACAACUGCCUCAAGAUCCCUCUGGUGAUUUUUAAGCGGGAGAAGGAGCUAGCGAGAAAGCUCGAGUUUGACGGCCUCUACAUCACAGAGCAGCCAGAGGAUGAUGACAUCAAAGGCCAGUGGGACCGACUGGUGCUCAACACUCCGUCUUUCCCCAAGAACUACUGGGACAAGUUUGUCAAACGGAAGGUGCUGGAUAAGUACGGGGACAUUUACGGCCGUGAGCGCAUUGCAGAGCUGCUGGGGAUGGACCUGGCCUCUCUGGACGUCAGCAAGCAGCAGAAUCAGGACAAGAAGGCCGAGGAACCCGACACCUCCAUGUUCACCUGGAUCACGUCCAUUGACCUCAAAUAUCAGAUCUGGAAGUUUGGAGUCGUGUUCACAGAUAAUACUUUCCUCUACCUGGUGUGGUACAUGAUCAUGUCAUUCCUUGGUCACUACAACAACUUCUUCUAUGCUACCCAUCUGCUGGACAUCGCCAUGGGCGUCAAAACACUCCGCACCAUCCUGUCUUCCGUAACACACAACGGCAAACAGCUGAUGAUGACGGUGGGCCUGCUGGCUGUAGUGGUGUACCUCUACACUGUGGUGGCCUUCAACUUCUUCCGCAAGUUCUACAACAAGAGCGAGGACGAGGACGAACCGGACAUGAAGUGUAACGACAUGAUGACUUGUUACCUGUUCCACAUGUACGUGGGUGUGCGUGCUGGUGGGGGGAUCGGGGAUGAGAUCGAGGACCCUGCUGGUGAUGAGUAUGAACUGUACCGCGUCGUCUUCGACAUCACCUUCUUCUUCUUCGUCAUCGUCAUCCUCCUCGCCAUCAUUCAGGGUCUAAUCAUUGAUGCCUUUGGUGAGCUGAGAGACCAGCAGGAGCAGGUUAAGGAAGACAUGGAGACCAAGUGCUUCAUCUGUGGGAUCGGGAGUGACUACUUCGACACAACUCCGCAUGGCUUCGAGACACACACUAUGGAUGAACACAAUCUGGCCAACUAUCUCUUCUUCCUGAUGUACUUAAUCAACAAAGACGAGACGGAGCACACCGGCCAGGAGUCGUACGUGUGGAAGAUGUACCAAGAGCGCUGCUGGGAUUUCUUCCCUGCUGGAGACUGUUUCAGGAAGCAAUAUGAGGAUCAGCUAGCCUAGACUACACACACACACAUACACACACACACUCUCUCUCUUUCUGUCUGUCUCUCUCUCUCACAUACAGAUACACACUAGCCUAGACUACACA